AUGGCUGCGUUCACUGCUGUGAAGGAACUGCGGUCUAGCAAUGAGCACUCCCAGCAGCAGCAGGCGCACAGCCACAGAAAUCUCCUGUCAGGAGUGUCGACUGGCGGCCACAUUGCUUCAUCUCCAGCUGUGGAGACUACCCCUGCGUCCUCACCGUCGACACUGGCCACUGCCUUCGCGGGAUUGUCGGCACAGCCAAGGCUGAGCCCGAUUUCGAUGUUGUCAGGGCAACAAAAGGGCCACCUGAAUACUGUCUUGGAGUGCACGGAGACAAGCGACAAAGGGAGUGGGACAACUGCACUCUGGGCUCAUCCAGAAGAGUCUCUGAUAACGAAUGCCAGGCAGCCGUCAUUGAUUGAUGGGAAUUUCAGCUGUAUAUUGCCAUCGGUGGCAUUCGGCCAUGAAGAGCUGGAUCGACAGUCCGAACAGCCGCUUUCAGAUUCUCUGCUUUCGUUCAUGAAACACGAGCGAAGCAUUCUGCAGGCUUCCUUGGACGAGGGUGCCGUCCUUUCCAAUAGCUGAGCAAGACAACUGUCGAGUCUGACGGCAGUCUCUGUGUCUUCACUUUUGACAAGCGACACUGUUUUUGACAACUGUUUUAAAUAGUGCGAACCAUUUUACUUCGACCAGCCAACAAAAGGCAGCAGGAGAGGGCCUGCACCAACUCUGGCAAUGUGAAAACCUAUUAACCUGCUCUUUCAGUUGGCAGAGGUUGUCAGUUUUAGUGCUCUGCUUUUUUUUCCUUUUUACAAGAGCUGCUGCAUGCAUGUAGGCUCGUACUUAUGACCGUGCAGUAAAUUAUUGCACCAAAAUUUUUUAUUGUGGACAAAUGGGCUGGCACAAUCUAUAUACUACUCCUUGUCAACUCUGUUUGCAUUGUAUAGAGUUUCACGCUGUAUAGAUCUAGUUUUGUCAUCCUGGUACCCCGGGAGGCUGCAAACAUGACCAGCUUGAUGGGUUUUUAAAAUUUUGGUACAUUAACGAGGUUGUCAGACCUCUUAUCAACCCUUCAGAUGUUGCAUGUAAAAACAACCUGUAUAUAGUCAAAUGUGUGCAUAAUUUCGAGGCUUUCAACAUUUCAUUGCUACGAAAACAUUAUUUAUAUGUCUUGUAACAAUAAAUAUUAAAUAUACAAUAUUUAUUGUCCGGUCCUGCUGUUUUAGAUAAAUAUAAGAAAUUGUAAGCUAGGAAUACAGUGCCUAUUCAUUUUCAGCUUCUUUGUUCAUUUUGAGAAUGAGAAAUUUCACUUCAGACGCUGCUUGUCAGAAAUAGUAGGGCCUUCAGCAAGGCCUUUACAUUGUAACUGGAACACUGCAAAAUGGUGUUUAAUGAUGCAUAUAUGUGUUCUCUUAGCCAUUUGUCAACAUACCUAGCAAGAACAAGUGUACAUAGUUCUGUAUGAAGUGUCUCAAAGGGCUAAGCCACCACAACUGAACUGUUUAACUAUAAAUGAAUAAAUGAUAAAGUUGUCUACA